GACUCCAUCGACGUUUUAGCAUUCCAUUUCGCGAGAAAGCUUCAGAAACAAAAUCUGCGCAUACCCAUCUUCUGCUCGAUCGUCGAUUAACUACUUUCGAGAAGAAAGUCGGAGAAACAUGCCGGUGAGAGUUGUGGAGAGCUCAGCACCUUCUCAAGUAUCAGGUGCAAGUUCUGGAAAUACAUUACCCCAAGCUUGUUCACUUUUAACUGUUGGACAGACCUUCUCUGGCACUCAGAACGUCUCCAGUCUGCAGAAUGAGAAAGAUGAAGCUUGGAGAGUUAAUGUCUGUAUUCAAGGAUGCGACCUUGAUCAUGGUUAUCUCUGUGGUACCAUGGAAGCCCUGAAUGUUCCAAUGGCAGACACGCCGGUAGUGACCUUCUGGGAAGGAGAGAUCGUUGACGGCAAGAAUUAUACGUUCUUCACUGGCAAGUGGGAAGCUACGCCAGAGGAUGACAUAAGGCACUGGACCAAGUUCCCGUCUUUCUCCCCCCUUCUGAGCCGGGUGGAAGCUGAUGGUGGCAAAACUUUGGACCUGAGCAGUUAUCAAUACAUAUUCAUGAGAUGGAAAGAGCAGUACUUUGUGAAUGUUGGAGAGGACUGUGGAUUGACCAUAGCUGGCUUUUACUAUGUUUGCUUCUCAUGCAGUGAUGGAUCCAUCAGUGGGUUCUAUUAUGAUCCUAAAAGCAGUCCGUUUCAGAAGCUCGAGCUUAAGGCCACAAAUGCAGGAAGAUCGGGUUUCAGUUUUUCCACCUAUGAGUUCCAGUGAACUGAAGCUUGCGGAGGAUCUCAACACGUGGGCUAGCGCUUUAAAUCAGUUUGUGAUGCCAAGGGCAGAAGCACGACUUGGGCAACUAGAAUACCAAGUCCAGAAUCCGGAGGACUGCAAGUAUUUCAUCUACUUACGAGUCAGUCCUUGCUUUUAUGUGGUAGCAAUCUGUCUCUGUGCUGAAUUACUCUUCUAUGCUGGUUUCCUGGAUGUGUGAUUAAUAAAUGACAGGUUGAGAG